AUUGUGCUCAAGCUUUGACCGCUCAUUCGUCGUUCGUCUUCCCUCUCCUCAUACGCGCAUAACUAUAGAACCCUUUUAUAGAAGAAGGAGCGUGUUGAAGAGCCAAGCGAGCAGAGUGCAGAAAACAGAGCGUAUCUCAUUAUCAGCUAUGGUUGAUACGUGAAUCGGAACUGGAACUGCUCAGCAUCAAGUAAUGCACAGGAGACAUCGGCGGCCGUCGACAGCUAGCUCGACAGCCAGCGGCAGGACGCAGCUGUCUGCCGUGUCUGAAAGUGCAUCUCCGGGAUCAAAGACACGGCAAUCGACCAAGAAAGUCUCUCCAGAUGAGACAUACUCGACUCUCCAGCGCCCGCGCGUACCAAUGGUAUACGAUUCGCAUCCCGCUGAUCUCCCGCCCAGCGUGAGCCAUCCUCCGAGCAGCGAGUCGAUUCCGCGGUCUCGUGUGCUGACAGAGAGCGAGAAAUAUGUCGAUGCGAGUUCUGCUUCUAUCGGUGCGGAUGCCACGCUGCAUGGGUCUGAUGUUAGUGGGGGGAGUCAGUCUACACACGAGCCACACGGGCAUGCGGUAAACAACGCGUCUACUGCAGGCACCGCGCCGGCAGCUACGAAGGGCCUUCGUUCGCGAAACCUGAACCAGCUGCUGAAACGAGAAUGGGCAGACUGGGGCAAGAAGCGAAACUACAAAAUGCCAAACACCGAGCGCGGCGAGAUUGGCUGGGAGCCCGGUAUCGAUGUGCGCAACACGGUCGUCGAGCUGGGCGAGGACUCGGUCGUCACGAUCGUGGACUACAACUCUGAUCGCUAUCGGAUCGUGAACAAGAUCGAUAAGUUCAGCAUCGACGAGUUUCUCAGAGACGAGCAGCCUUGGUCUAGUGUCCGGUGGAUUAACGUCAACGGACUGUCGUGGGAGGUUCUUCGCAGUAUAUCAGAGUUUUAUGGACUACACCCGCUCGCGGUUGAAGAUAUGGUCGAUAUUCCAAAGCGCGCGAAAGCAGAUCACUACAAGAACCAGACGUUCUGUACUCUACCGUUGCACAAAUUGGUCAGCACGGCGGUCGUCGACAAGUACUUUGAGAGCUUGCAGAAGCUAUCGUGGGUUAAUAGGCUAUUGGGCCGGAGGAAAAAGACAGUCGAGUCGAUCAUCAUGAAUGCGAAUCUGGCGACAGUCAUGGCGGAGCAGAAUAUGAUGACGAUGCAGGAAUGGAAUAAUCCCUCGACGUCCUCAGAGUAUUAUGUCAUGAAACGCAGUCUUGAGCGCUACCAUGAGAUUGUAGCCGUCGAGCAGGUCUCUAUUUUUCUGAUCGAGAAUCACACAAUCAUCUCAUUCUUUGAAAACUCAGCAGAGGAAGUGGAAGGACCUCUUUUAUCGCGAAUAGUCUCCGCUAGUACACUACUAAGGGAAUACCCCGAGCCCUCUCUUCUCUUACAGGGAAUCUUGGAUGGCAUCGUCGACAUCGCUUUGAACAUUGUCUCUGAAUACCAAAAGUUCAUUUCCGAGUUGCAGGUCGAGAUCUUGACGUCGCCGUCUGUCAUGCAUACGCGUGACCUCCAUAUUCUUUCUGAAGAACUGUCUAUGCUGCGAUCAACUUUGAUGCCCAUCUACGGUCUUGUUCAAAAUCUGAGAGACCAUGCAAACACAAACAGAGAGCUUACUCUCGCCGGCGGCUAUAUCUCCGAGUUUGCAAAGCUGUACCUGUCUGAUGUCGCCGAUCAUGUUCUAGCAUUCACCGACAACAUCGAUCUCAUGCGGCAGUCGACCGAGAGCAUGAUCAACCUGAUCUUCAACACGAUGUCUGUGCAGGAAAACGAAGCCAUGCGCCAGCUGACGCUCGUCACCAUUGUGUUUUUGCCGCUCACGUUCUUGACUGGUUAUUUCGGGAUGAACUUUAAGGAGUUUGGCGCGCUCGAUAACACAACUAUGUAUUUCUGGGCAAUCGCGAUCCCGGUCACGGUAGCAGUCAUCUGGGUCAUCCUCUACCCGUGGAUAGGCGCAAAAGUCGCCCGCAUCAGGAGAUAUUACCAGAAGAAGGCAGCCAAGCGCACGCAUCAGCAGUACGCCAGCUACGUCAGAAACAGGAAAGGACAGGCCUAUAUGCAGAGCGAGCCGGUGGUCGGCUACGGCGGUAGCGAUCUGCCUAUAUAUUCCAGCGGUGCUACUGCAGGCAUUGCUAAUUCCUCGCAAGCGACGCCGAUCGCGGUUCAAGCGCGCUCGGCUGCAAAUUCGGUACCGGAAGUGGCAGCGAUACCUGGCACCGCUACUGCCCCCGUGGCCACCACACAUGUCCCGAACAGCGCGGAAAACAGCGAGUACAAUGAAACACCCUCACAGCGAGAGACUGAGUUGCGGCCCAUAGUAACGAUGGGUGAAUCUGGAGGCCCAACCCCCGCUGAAGCAUUCGAAACAAUCGGCGCAGGCUUGCAAGGACGGCAAAUGCUGCACGCGCCGACCGGUGUCCAUGCGGUCAAAACCGAGCUGGGACUUCCGCACCAAGCGGUUUCCAGCAAUCAAGAGCAACCGGAUCCCGUCCUCGUCCGCAGUAAAUCACCACCACCUCUGCAGUCGAGCCCCCGAUUCUACUCAACCUCAAGUGCUUCGACCCCGUCUUUACCUCUCAAAUCCGCAGGCGCGUCUACGUUCGCAGCAUCGUCGCAGCACUCGGUCUCGACAGCUGGACCGAUCUACGCGCUGACUCCGAUACAGUCCGUGCCAAAGUCGGUAGCAGAGCGGGCAGCGUACGUGCGGUCGCGCUCGCCUUCUCCGUUUGGAAAUAACAAUCGCCGCAGACCGAUUCCGCAAGUCCAGCCGCCGCGGUCUGUUGCGUUUGCUGAUGAUGGAGGUGAGCGGUAUAGUCGGCGCACUGAGGAGGAUGAUGAUGACGAUAGAGAGAGCAGUUUGUCGAUGCGGCUAGAUUUAUAAGUUUUGUAAAGAUAUGUGAG